AAAUAAUAAAUGGAAAAGCAUAUACCAGGUAGUAAUAGUAAUCUUAAUGAUAACCUGAAAUUAAAUGAAAUAGUAUAUUUGGGUUCUCAUAAUUUUGCAAUGUCUAAAUGUUAUGGAUGGGUUUAUGCAUAACAAAAUGUAUCUAUUAAAGAAUAAUUUAUAAAAUAUGGAGCUCGACAUUUUAAAGUACCUUUGCAUUGGUAUAAAGAUGGUCAUAAUUCUUAAGUAAAUAAAUAUGUUAGACUUAGAUAAUGGCUGCUCAUGAGCCAAAUGGUGGUUCUAAUUGUAAAUUAUCCAUUGUUCAAAGAGGCUUAAAAAAACCUGAAAAAGCAAGUAUAUAUAUAAAAGAGAUUGUUGAUUUAUCCUUUUAACAUCCUAAUGAAAUCAUAGUUUUAAAAAUUGAAAGCAAAUUAAUGUAUAAUAGUAAAAAAAAUGGAACAAAAGGAUGGGAUCCAUUAUUAAUAGCCAUCUUUUUGAAUAAUUUAUUAAAAGAAACAAGAGCAGACUAAAGGGCUAUUAAAAUUAAUCCAGAAGAGGAAUUACCAACUUUAGGUUGGUGUAGGGAGAAUUAAUAAACUUUAUUAAUUACAAUAGAACCUAAGGAAUAAAUUAUUGGGGAACUAUAAAACUACACUUAUUAUUCAUAUUUAUUAAGUGCAUAAGUAGAUUGGGAAUUAGAUCCAUUUUAAGAUGUAUAAAAUGGUGAUAUAGCUAGAGGGAAAAGAAAUGAAUAGACUGGAGAAAUCUUGUCUCCUUUUUUAGAAAUUCAUUUUUGUUCUUAAAAUUCAUUUAAGUAUAUUUUAAAUAUAAUAACAAGAUCUAAUUCUUAAUAUAAAAAGAAGUAUAAUUCUUACAAUCAUGCAAGAAAGAGAUUCUUAUAGUAUUAUUUCAAAUGCAAAAAAAUGCCAAACUUUUUAGUUGCUGAUUUUAUAGAUCAAGGAAAAUUAACAAAUAUUGUUGAUGAUAUUAAUUCAAUAAUAAACUCAAAUAACAAGUUUAUACCAGAAAAGUUCUAAGCUUUAUGA